AUGACGAUAGCCCAAGGCCGGCAUCCGUCCUUGAAGCAUCGGCCCAGUUUGCCUGUUUCUGCCUCCGCUCCUUCUGGUCAACUACCUUUGCUUUCCGGCGAUUCAUACAUCUCUUCUGUUCCUUCUGCUUUCGUUGGCCAAACCACAUCACUUGCCGAGUUAGCGCAUCUGGUCAAAUUACAAUCUUACCAGGAACACAAACACUUUCAGAGCCGCAUACGUCUGCACAAAUCAUUAGUAUCGAGUGCUGUUUCGGCGCGGUUAACUAGGUCAGGUGAACUUUGCCAUAAAGCAUUAGUUGAUUACUUCAAAUCCGAUCAGAAAUCUGAUUUCGCCACCCUGUACAAUGCGCUUCAUGAUGUUAGGAAUUCAUGUGAGGCGACGCGCCGGUUCGCUAUGCUCGAACCCGAAUUGGAUUCGGCAAAGCCCUCAAAUUCUUCCGACGACAACGAAGGCCCUAGAGGUUUGACGUCUUUUCUUCAUGAGAUUCCGGUCCAGGCACGGGACACUAUACUCUCAUUCAUUUCAAUGAUCAGGUCUAGCCCAACAUUUCUUGCAAAUCGCCUUGCUCGUCUUACGAAUUCUGAGUUGGAGAGCUUGGUCCGACAUCACUAUCAACCGAACCCACAGGAAUCCAUCCUUCCCCAGCAGGUGCCUAGACGUGGCAAUGCGGCCUCUAGAAAUACCACCUCCCAAAUUCCCGUACCUAGUCCAGUAGAGCGACUUCUUGCUUUCCACCGCAAUGACCCAUUAUACACCAUAUUACACACAAUAUUUGCGAACUCUACAGGGCCUGAUUCUGCGGAGGACAGACGGCGAACAGAUGUUUGGGCUACUACUUGCGCUAAGUUAAUAUGUGAGAAUAAGGGGGAAUCUUUCCUGUUGGUUGUUAUGGAUUCGUGGGCAGCGAUGCGGGAAUGGCCCGCCAAAGCCAACUUGGAAAUUUGUUUGAUGAACCUUAUCCAGGAGGGAUCAUUUCUGGUGGAUGAAAAUAAUGGUGGUUCUCAAGCGGAUCUUCGUGGAAAGCAGGACCUUCUUGCAGAAGAAUUUUGGAUUAAGGCGGAGAAGAAAUUGCUUGAGGUUUUGGACGACGAGCCCAGCGCUGGAGGAAUCCCGGAAGGCAUCCUCGAAUUGGGACAUGCUAUCUUACAGAAAAUUGAUGAUCCAAAGAAGCAACGCCAAGCAGAAAUUAUUCUUGUGGCGAAAUGGUUCUUCCAGCGGUUUUUGACCAAUGGAGUCGCUUACCCAGAGUACUACGGGAUUAUGACAGGUCAUCAUAUUAGUGAACACGCUAGGUUAAAGAUUUUGCGACCAGUUUUGAAAAAAAUAUACAAUCAUGCGGUUGGCGUUGUCUUUGGUGACUGGAAAACCAAUAAUCCCGUGGAGCCUGUGGUUCGGAGCCAUAUUGAGAACUUGCUUGGCAGGUUUCGAAACCCACACCCCAGCGAUUCAACACCUGUUCUUCUCCCAACUAAGGCCAUCACUUCUCCUCGAGAAACAACAGAGGUUCAGCCAUUCAUUGUACUAUGCCCAGCAGACAUUGUCACCCUUUAUCGAGCGUUGUAUCCGCAGGGUUCAUCUGCUAUGGUAGAAGGACGUGAUAUCCGGGGAACCAUGGGCAGCAGAUCAUCCUCUCGGCAGAUAUUCGGCAAGUCUCCGAAUGCCGUAUUUGAGAUCGGUUCAGGUUCGGUCCUUAGUGGAUCUGGUUCUUCUGUUACUAGUGAAUCAGCAUCGAUGACUUAUCCUUUACUCGAACGAUCAAGCUUUCCGGAUGACAGACGGUCGUUUACAUCCGUUCCUUUGGCGUCACCAUCAUCCUUUUCUUUCAACACCCAAACCUUCCACCCAUCUAGUUCGGACCCGAACUCUUUAGAGAAAUUUGGCUUGGAAGUUAGAUCAGCUGUCGAGGCAAUGAUGGGCAGACUUGGACCUGAUGUUACAUCUGGAAAAUGUCAUCCCUGCGCUGAAAAGUGGGCGGUUAUCUACGUCUCCCCGGACGGAAAGGAACUAAGUUUGAGGAUGCGGAAAGAUUGGGAUGAGGAUGACGAUGAUGACGAUGACGAAGGGCACAAUAGCGAUAGUGAAGACGAGGCGCCGCUUGAGGUUUCGGGCCUUGACAGAGUUUAUAAUCAACUUAAAGAGUCAGUCAUGAAGUUGGUGGCCGAGUUCGAGAUUCCCGAGGAGCCGGUCUCCGAGAAUCCCAAGUUCAGUAAUAGGCCGUCGGCCGCGAAAGCCAACAGUGCACCCAGUGUUCCGACUAUUCCAAUUGUUGAAACAGUUCCAGAGACUAAGCUAGAUCCCAGUAAUCCAUUCCAUCCCCAGAGCAAUCUAACAGCGAUGAUUACGGCGGGCCAAUCAAAGGCACCAGCUCCAGACCGCUCACGGGGCGCUGCUCUCAAGGACAAUCUUGAUAAACCUAAGCAGCGUGCCCAAACACCACCCUCACUCCUUUUCACUAUGCUUCAGGCUGCCUCCACGCAAUGUUUGGCCAGAGGAGACUAUGUUUCUUCACAGCAAUAUCAUCGGGCGGUAUUUCAGGCUCGGAAACUUCCCCCGUCACUUCAGCGUGAUGAGUAUGCCCCAUUGCUUCACAUCUUUUCGAGAGAUCCCCGCGAUUCAAUAGAGAGAUCAGCAGCUGGGAUUGAGGAAUGCGAAGCAUGGUUUGUUUGGCUUACCCUUGCCCAAGAGCGACAUGAAACCGCUGUGGACGAGAUGAUGCGUAAGAUCAAGGAUCUUCGUGACAAGAUGUGGUAUGUCACGGAUGUGCGCAAUUCGGCAGCAUACGAUGAGGCUCGCAAUGUCGCCUUGGCCCUGAAGAAGAUGGGUAUGCCCCAACGGCCCAAGACAGACACAAAGACCAAAAGCUCUUCUCGCAAUCUCAGCCACCGAAUGUCGGCUAGCAGCUUCUCGCUUUUGAAAUCGGAUACUCUGAUCGACAUCCUUGCUGCCCAGCCAGAGCACGGAGGACUCAACAAGCUGAGUGAUGAGCAAGCAAGCAUGACCUUCGAGUACCUUAGCAGAUAUUCAGUUGAGAACUUUUGCAAGGGGGAAGAGAGGAUUCACCGCUUUUGCCUUGAGAUCGAUAAAUGUGUUACUAAACUUGUUGGCGAUGGGAUACUUGAUGGCCCCGUUCUAUGGUCGAGUGAGCUAUUUUCCCGGGACGACCGAGAAAUGGCUAUUAACCGCCAGAAGGGCGAACUCUACUUGGCAGGUGUGGGUACCCUAAGUGUGUCAGGAGAUGAUGAUCAUGAGGAUGGGCGUGUUAAGCGCGGCCUGGAUAUGCUUCGAAGGCCAAGUACCAGUGACAUUUUCGGCAGGAACCGGUCUGCAAGCAUCGUCAACUCUAUCCAUGAUCUCCCAUCGAGCCGUGGUAAAGGAAGGACAAAAUCCAAUGCCGGCCUUAUGGAUUCCAUUGACAGACAAGAUUUGUUUGGCAUGCCCAGUCCGGCUUUGCAACCAGAAACUCACAAUACCUAUUGGUCCCCGUUUUCUUCUCACAGCAAUAAUUCCAGUUCCGGUAGACCCAAAACUGCACAUUCACCAACUUCAUUAUCCAAAUCCUUGGAGACAGUUAACCAUCAAAAAAGGAAAUUCCUAGGAGAGUUGAAGCAAUCACUAACCGGCCUUCUCUUGAGUGACCUUGGUCUGGAGGUCUUCAGCAAGGGCAGUGAAACAGACGGAUGGUUUUCGGGUGGCCUAGGUGAUGAGUGUAUCCAGAGGAAGGAAGAGCAGGAAGAGGCCAAGCGAAAGGUUCCGGAGAAGCAAUCAUCAAAGAACAGUGGUGGAUCUGGCAAUAAGAAACUGGCUAGAAAGAAGAGCACCAAAAACGUUCGGAAAUCCGCUAACACGGGCACUUUUGAGGCUUUAGGCAAGGAGAAAAAGGGAGAGUUGGCGGCGCCGGUUGCCACUUUAGAAAAUGUUGGCCGUGAAGCCCACUCUGGAGAGGAGAACUCAUCAUCUAGCGAUGCCACUGCCCGGACUUCAACCCUUUCCGCUGCUAAGAAAGGCGGCUUCAUGGCGUUCCCCUAUGGCCAUGCCUUCCGGAGGUUACUCAUGCAAUUUUCUACUCACCCCAACCCAUUCCAGAAAUUACAAGCUAUCUAUGAGCUGGAGCUUCUCAUAGUUGCAUCUCUCUCCGCCCGGUCUCCUUCAUGCAUGCGCAAGCCUACUCUUCCAUCGAUGCCCAGUUCGCCGUUUUUGGAGGCUAUGGGAGAGGCCUCUUCCAGGAUAUGUAGUCUACAACUCAACCAGCCAAGCAAUAUUGAGGAGGCGAUGGCCAACCUUGAGGAGAGGAGGUCGAAUGUCAUGAAUAGUGGUGCUGUAGCUUCACCUCUUAUGACUCCAAGUGGUGCUCGCUCGCCAACCCAUACCGCGGCUCCUAGUGCGGACAUGAUUGUGGAAGUUUUGCAAGAUUUGUUCAGACAAGCAGAAAUUCGACCCAAAACGUUAUUCCGUGAUUUGCAGUUUGUCGCCGCCUUCGUCCCCGCUUCUAUUUUGGACAGGACCGCCAUUGGGAAAGCGUUCUGGGACACCGGAUUGGCAGCCCUCGGAUUAAAGCAGGACGUCUGUAGGACCAUGGCUGAGAUCGCAGAUGAGAUUGUAGCCAAGGAUACCACUCAGCGAGAAUCAGAGUCUGGCAAGGAGAAGGGCAACAAAGGCGAGAACAAGGAGUACAGCCGUUACACAAUGCAGGACGCGGCCACAAUGUGGAACAUCGCGGCAAAGGAAGGCGACCCUGCGGCCCAGCGCGAACUGGCCAUCUUCUACCUCACUAACCCAACCUUGCUACCGCGGUCGACCAAACCGCUGUCUAAGCCGAAGGAUACGUUCAGGCCAGAGAUGAUGGUCGCCAAGGGCGAAGAUCCCGAGAAGCGGGAUCCUGCGACAAUGUGCGUUGCUUACCAUUGGAUGGAAUUGUCUGCUCAGGGGGGCGAUGAGCUAGCCAGGAAGUACCUCCGAUCUCAGCGUGAGGAGUGGUAAAAAAGAUCUUCUGUUGCGUUCAUCCUAUAUCGCACUUUUUUCACCUACUUUUUUACUCCCACUUUUCCUUUAUUUCCUUCCGUUUAGCACAAAAAGCAUUUGAGGUAGAACGUUGGGCUGAAGGCGCUUCUUGUUUUUCUUUCCUUUUCUUCUUACUCGUACUAUGUAACAGGCUAGUUUGGUCUAGUCUUGUCUAGGGCUCUUCGUUUUCAAAAUUUUCUCAACAUUUAGCAAUCUCCUUUUAAUCCCGUAUUUUUAAAAGACAGUUCUCCCUGUUUCAUUUUUCACUUCUUCCAUCAGUUCGCUAACAUUUCCAACAAGAUCAACAAUGGGGGGAGAUGUGGGCAGUUUGUAAGAUUCCAACGAGUGUACCGGGGCUUUUUUCUUUUUUUCCCUUGCUUGAUAUCACCCCCCACUUCAUGAAUUUUUGUCGCGCUAAAUUACCUUGCUGUUAUUUACGAUACUAUUUGUAACUCUUUCCCUCUCCCUCUCUCUAUUCUCCACUACCUCUUACCACAUUUACCUAUCGUUCAUCCUUGAUGAUACCUUAGCUAGCAUGAGCACGAGCGGGCGUCGGCGAUUCGCGUUUUUUCAUUUUCUUGAUCUCAUUCCUGGGAGUUUUUAUUUCUUCCUUUUCCCUCUUACUAACCUACUUACUUUCGUACAAGGCAGCUGACACUUUUUUAUUGUACAUUGAGCGCCUUUCACCCUACUUUUGGUCCCUUCCCUGUAUGAUGAACGAAUCUCCUUUCAUUACUCUACUUUUUUUGGUUUGGUGGGUUGGCGAUCAGUUGAUUGGUCGGUUGGUUGGUGGAUGUGAUUAGAUAACGGGGUCGAGUGAGUACAUGUGAUGGGUGAAUGGACUGACAAGCGAGUAGGGUGGUGGUAAAUAAAUGGUAUUUUUAUUCUCG